UGACGUCACUUCCUGCUUCGCCAUCACGUGCCCCCGCCGGGUCCCUUCCGCCCGCGUGACGCAGGGGACGCGUCACCGCCCCGCCCGUCGCUUCACGUGAACCUCCCCCGGCUCCUCCCCCUCCCGCCCGCGCGGGUCACGUGGGCCCGGCGGGCUGCGGUCACGUGGGUGCGGCGAUGGCGGCGGCUCCGGGCGGGGAGAGCGAGAGCGGCCGGGGGGGCGGCGGGGCCACGUCAGAUCAAAUCCUGCAGACGGGAGCGGUGCUGCUGCAGGGGUUCAUCCGGGACCGGGUCCAGCGCUGUGGGGACGCCCAGGCUGUGGAGCUGAGCCGGGCAGAGCUGGGAGGGCCGGAGCCCCCCCUCUGCGACGAGAACACCAAGCGGCUCAGCGAGUGCCUGCGGCGCAUCGGAGAUGAGCUCGACAGCAACACCGAGCUGCAGAGUAUGAUUGACCGGGUGGGGGCCCACGCCCCCAAGGACGUCUUCUUCCGGGUGGCCGCCGAGAUGUUCUCCGACAGGACCUUCAACUGGGGCCGGGUCGUGGCGCUCUUCUACUUCGCCUGCAAGCUGGUGCUCAAGGCUCUGUGCACCAAGGUCCCGGAGCUGGUGCGGACCAUCGUGGGCUGGACAUUGGAGUACCUCCGGGAGCAUGUGCUGGCCUGGAUCCAGGCCCAGGGAGGAUGGGACGGCCUCCUCUCCUACUUCGGCACACCCACCUGGCAGACCAUCACCAUCUUUGCUGCCGGCGUCCUCACCGCCUCCCUCACCAUCUGGAAGAUGUCAUAGGGUGGGGAGGGGUGCGCUCCGCAGCACCCCACGUCCGGCUGGACUGCGCUGGGCUCCCGGGGGGCCGGCUCCCCUCGUCCAGCCUUGCUCCCUCCCCGAUUCCUGGUGCCUUGUAUACAACUCGGAACAAACCUCUCGGGACCCCACGCUGUGACGGCCUGGCCCGGCCCACACCUCCUGGAUCGGGACAGAGUCGUCGGGGGACACAGCCGCUCCGUGUGGCAGGAUGCCCUCCUGCAUCUGGGGCAGAGACUUGAGAGGCCUUGAGCCCCACCCGGGGCUGGUCAGCAUUUAACUCCCUGACAGGCUGGCUGCGCACGGGGAAUCCUGGGCCAAGAUCUCGGGGGCUGGAGCCGGUUCCCGGUGUCAGGAGCUGAACUUGGGCCAAAAUCUCCCAGGGGCUGGAGCCGGUUCCAACAUCAGGGGCUGAACUUGGGCCGAGAUCCCGGGGGCUGGAGCCGGCGCCGGGGGCUGGGCUGAGGCUGAACUGGGGCCAAGAUCUCAGGGGCUGGAGCCGGUUCCAGAAGCAGGGGCUGAGAUCUCGGGGGCUGGAGCUGGGGCCGGUGCCGGGGACUGGGCUGAGGCUGAACUGGGGCCAAGAUCUCAGGGGCUGGGGCUGGGGGCUGGGCUGGGGCCGGUUCCGGGGGCUGGGGCUGAACUGGGCCCAAGAUCUCGGGCUGGAGCUGGUUCUGGCGCUGAGGGCUGAGCUUAGUCGGGCGGGCUCAGGCCUGGCUGCCCGUGACCUGAGGGACUCAGUUUCCUUCCCUGAAACACCUGUUGGGGGGGCCCCCCUCUGCUGCCAGCGCCCCAGGUGAGCAGGUGCAGCCCCCUGCCUGUUUCAUUUGCUCAUAACCCCCCCGCCUCCCAGUACCUCCGUGGGGAUUUCCCAUCCCAGCCCCCCCAGCCUGGCAGGGCCCCCCACAAGGGUGCCUCUGUCCAGGGUACCCCAGCGCCAGGUGCCUCUCUCCUCCCGCCCCCCCAGUGCUGUGCACAGCACCUUCCCAAGGCAUAAGAUCUGGUUGCCCUCUCACUCCAGUGUGGCCUUAGGGCCCCCUUCAAAACCCUGCUGGGGGGGCUGUUUUCUGGGAUGCCCCCCUAGCAGGAGAAU